GCAGACCAGAAUGCAGAGCCUGCAUCCGGAUCCCAAAGCCCGCUACAGCAGCGUCUACGGCGCCCUCAGGCAGAUCAUCCGGACCGAAGGCUUCUGGAGGCCCCUCCGGGGCAUCAACGUGAUGGUGAUGGGGGCCGGACCGGCUCACGCCAUGUACUUUGCCUGCUAUGAAAACAUGAAAAGGAUUUUAAAUGAGGUCCUCCACCGCCGAGGAAACAGCCACCUGGCCAAUGGGAUAGCGGGGAGUAUGGCCACCCUGCUCCAUGAUGCCGUAAUGAAUCCAGCUGAAGUGGUGAAGCAGCGCAUGCAGAUGUACAACUCCCCUCACCACUCCGCUCGCCGCUGCAUCCUGGCCGUGUGGAGGACCGAGGGGGUGGGCGCCUUCUACCGGAGCUACACGACGCAGCUCACCAUGAACAUUCCCUUCCAAGCCAUUCACUUCAUCUCCUACGAGUUCCUCCAGGAACAGGUCAACCCUCACCGGGGCUACAACCCCCUGUCGCACAUCCUCGCUGGGGGGCUGGCGGGGGCCAUAGCCGCGGCCGCCACCACCCCUCUGGAUGUCUGUAAGACCCUCCUCAACACUCAGGAAAACAUGGCUCUGUCGUUGGCCAACGUCAGCGGCCAUCUCUCCGGCAUGGCCAACGCCUUCCGGACGGUGUACCAGCUCAGUGGUAUUUCUGGGUACUUCAAAGGUGUCCAGGCGCGGGUCAUCUACCAGAUGCCGUCCACGGCCAUCUCCUGGUCAGUCUAUGAGUUUUUCAAGUACUUCCUCACGAAGCACCAAAUGGAGAACAGAACUCUGUACUAAGACAGACGGCGGGGAGCGAGCCAGCAUCUCUUAUUUAAGAAGGAAAGCAAGAAAGGAUUCCCCUUCCCAUGUCCAGCCCCCCUUUCCUCCUGCCCCCUCACCAAGUUUUACAAGCUUCGGGUUUCCUGAAGCACCUGUGAUUCUUGCAGGGCACGUGCCGCUGACCAGCCCCUCCCCGAGGCCUCGACGAGGGGCUGGGCACGCCCCGGACACCAGAGCACUGGAGGUCCGGGAAGACGGAUACGUUCCCCCUCCCCCCGCCUGCCUUUUCCCUCCCCUGCCAGAAGAAUGAAUGUGAUUUUUCUUCUUCCCUGGAAAUCCUAGAACGCACAGACAGGGUCAGGGAAACGGGGGGCCUGGAGAGGAGGGGAGUACCUCAGAGACUUAAGAUGUUCAAGACAAAUUAAAUAUGAUAUGUAUAUACAAGUUCCAUUACGCAAUAUAAAAAUAGAUGGAUAAUGUUUAUCCUUUAUUUUUCUAUGUAGAAGUUGAAUUCGUGCGUGCGUGUGUGUGUGAGUGUGAGUGUGCGAGUGUGCAAAUACUAUUACCGCUGGGAUUUGAAAAGCUUUUAAAAAAAGAAAAGAAACAAGGGCUCCAUUUCUCCCAUCGUGAGAGAUGAUAAAACACCAAAGCCUCCUUGCCCAACCUCCAGGGGCGGCCGAAAGCCUUGUGAGCCUCCCUCCCUGCCCCCUUGGAAGUUUCACGUGAAUGUACGUAAUAAAUGUUGUGUUUAUACUUUCGAGUUAUUUUUUUAAUGGGUUAAAAAGGUACAUUUAAAGAAAACUCUGACCACGAAGGAAAAAAUGACCUUUUUGUCAUUUCUUCUGCUUACACACAUGGGAUGUCAGAGGCUAUUGACGUUGACUCCCUCCUUUUACAAAUAAGGAAACUGAGGCUUGUCAGGGGCGAGGGGACUUCUGCCAUCGACUGUUUUGACUGCCUUUUUGUCUUGAAUGAAUCUUCUCUUGUUUCCAAGCCCCCAAAGAGCGAGUUCUCCCAGGACUGCUGGAGGUCGGGAGUCCUUCCCCUAAGGAAGUUCCGCGGAAGCGUGCAGGGGCUCGGGCCGUGCCGGUGUCGACUCCGGCCUGUUGGUGAGCGUGUGUGCGCGUGUGCUCGUGUCCUCUGAAGCUUCCCCGGAGCUUUCUUUCUGGCCGAGGCCCCCCCGAGACCCUUUUCGCUGUUCUUAGUGGCUCAGCUGAAUUGUUUACAGGACAGACGUGCAGGGGGCACGUCGGGCAGAUGCAGCAGCACCCCGAGUCUGGCUUUCCCCGGGAUCCUUCACGUCAGAGCACUUUCCCUAGGACGUCACGUAGCGCCUUCACCCUCUUCCCACCUGACGGGAGGGAGGGAGACGAGGAAGAAGCUCUUCCUGCUCUGUAGGAGGUGCCAGAAAAGGGGGAAGGGGGCGUUGGGCUUCCUCAGUGACGAGGAAGAGUCCGAGUUGCAGAAAGGGUCAUUCUUGGGGUAUCUUGUAUUUUUCUGUCCAUUUUCGCCUUCAGAGAGAUUCUGUCUGAUUUAAACAGAGGCCCUGGGGAGGCUCUUGUAGUGGGGCUUGAGGGACAUCUCCUAAAACAACCAAAACCAGACCUGUUUUUUCCAGCCCAUCCCUGGCGGCCAGGCCCGAGGCCAGAGAAAAGACUCCAUUAGCCGAAUUCUUUCCUCGGCUCUGUAGCCAUCCUUGCCCAAGUGCCUGUCUUUAGAGCUUAGCCAAUGGACUCGUCUUUAGGUAGAGAUGCCGAGAGGGCCCUGGAGGUGGCCAACUCCAACAAGGCUCUCGUUGAGUGUUCGCACCCAGGGCUCGAGCUCUGGGGAAGUGUCGAGCGCCACGUGGACGUGUGGAGGGUCCCAGCUAGGCUUGCAAACCUUGACUGGUGAUCGCUAGGGGCUUUGCCUCUGAGUCUGAGCCGUUAGAAGGGCUCUCUUGAAUUCAUUGUUCCCGAAGGUGGGAGUGCCAAGUUUCGGCUUCUUGGGGAGACGCGUGCUCUCGCCCAGGUAACCUGCCUCCGCCAGGCCACGGCUCUUGGGGGCAGGUUGUACGAGGCACACGUUGUGCCCGACUGAGGGUGAGGCGAGAAUGGGCUGAAGCUGCCCAAGCUAGAGCCAGGAUUUAUUUAUUUUCUAAAAUAGUUUCUCGUUCAUCUUCUCCCUCCGUCGUCUUCUAGCUUCCUGACUACUUCAUAGUCCUCCUAGAACUUCUCCUGCCAAUGGUAUUUAAAAGUGAAUUCCCGUUUGUCUAGGAGAGGCUUUCUGUUAGGAAGGGACCUUCUGCUCUCUUUUGAAGACUUUCGGAGGCUGGGUUUGCCCCGACUCCUCUGGAUUCAAGAGGCAUCUAAGUGCCUACCAUGUGCUGGGCGCUGUGCUAGCUCAGGCUCCCAAGACAAAAAUGAAAUCAGGCCCACGCUUGGGCCUCUACGGCAAUCCCUUGGCCUUGAAGAGCACACUAGGGCCCCAGGCUCAUCCUUGAAAAAGUGUUUUAUUGGUCACAGCUGCGCCUUCCUGUCUACUUUGUAGGAACCUUGAGGCCAAGCUUCUGCCUUCCUACAGUCAGUUGUGAUGGGCAGGGCUCCUCUUCAGAACCCGGCUCUUCUCAUCUUCAUUUCUGGCUUAAACUGGCCCGGUUUCUUAAUGCUCCGUCCCUUUUCCUGAGCCCUGCGACGAGCCACAUGGGGCCAGCUCUUGUACUUUGAGGCCGGCCUCUCCGGACACAGCCGUCCUGCCUGGGACCAUUGUAUCUGACCGGGAUUUGGGGGAGGAGGGCGGCCUGGGUUCUCACCUGUGAAAUCCAGAUGCGUUUGCUGCUUGGUUUCUGCAAGAAUGCACAGUGUGUGUGUGUGUGUGUGUGUGUGUGU